AUGAGAAUUCAUAAUCUUGUGCCCAUACUCUGUGUUGGAGGCGCGUAUGCUCUUCCUACGCUUUCCUGGCUUCCGCAAUUUCCCGUCGAGGGGCUAGUUCGCUGCUGGGGCAUAUUUGCUCCCCUUUCGGAGGACAGGACAAUUUACCAGGUUUUGAAAGACGACGAAAGGUACUCGCGUUUAGUCAAAGCCAUCAACUUAAGCGACGGGGUCACCGACCUUUUGGACGACCCUGCAGCCAGCAUCACUUUUUUUGCGGUUCCAAAUACAGGUAUUCCACAUCGUCAGCCCUCGCACGGGGAUGACGACGACAAUCAUCAACUCGAUUUCGCAUCUCUCGCACCUAAGCAUGGGGAUGAGCGUGAUAUCGCUUAUGACCUUGGCCGCCUCGUCCUUCAGGUUGAAGAACUUGAUAACAUCCCUGAGUCUCGUGACAAGGACCACCGUAAGGAGGCACUUGGCCGCAUCAUUCGCGCUAUCCUCGCGUAUCACAUCCUGCCUGAGAAGUUGGAUUCUACUGCGCUCGUUCAAAACUCUACAUACGCAACGAAUUUGACAUUGAAUGAUGGGAGCAUGGACUAUCAACCAUUGCGCUUGAGUGUUCAGAGCACGAUUGUUCCCCCUCGACUCAGGAUUAAUACCGUGGUAGAUGUCAUAAAGCGCGAUACUGAGGCUAGCAAUGGUGUCAUCCACAGUAUCAACAUCCCACUCUUGCCUCCCCCUUCCUUGUUCAGUGAAAUGUUUGCUUUUCCCGAAGUCUUCUCAUACGUGACGUCUGCUAUUCAGCGCGUGGGCUUAACUGGCGCAGUUGAUUAUUGGCGGAUUCCCGGCAAAGAUUGUCAUAUAUCAUUCGUCGGCGCAGAAAUUGCCACUUUCUUUGCCCCCACAUCAGGAGCAUUCCAGCGUCUUCCCAAGAAAUUAAGAUUUUUCUUAUUUUCGCCCUUUGGCGCUAAAGCGCUCAGGAAACUUCUGGAGUAUCAUGUUGUGCCUCAACUCGUGCUGCACACAGACUACGUGCACAAUGCUACAUCUUAUACUGCCUUCAUUGAUGACCAGGAAGCUGGCGUCUUCGUAGAUUCUCCCAGUAACCCUUUAUAUGCCUACAAUCUCACCCUUCCCACCCUGCUGGAGAACCAUUCCUUAAAUGUUCAGGUUGCCCGCUACAAAGCCAAGAUUCCUCUUCCUGGUCCUGCCCGCUACUUCACCAGGUUUGUGGUCAACGGUCACGACGUUGGACCGUAUGACAUCCCCGCUCGGAAUGGCGCUUUGCAUGUCAUUACGAACCUGCUCGACCCUCGUGGCCAUCAUAAAGAAAACCAUAAACACCGUGGACAUGAACAUGAAUCGGUUGACGUCGACUGGGAGGAUUGGGAGGAGUGGCUGCCACAAUGGGCCAUGCAAGAUUAA